UGAAGGCUGCAGCUCAUGGUGGAUGCUGGUACCCGCCGUGCGCGUCAUAGGCAAGAGGAGGGUCUGAAUGCGCGUUCCUGUGCGCGUUCCUCUUGCUCUCCGCUUCCCAGUCCAAGCCCGGUCUAUUCGCUGACUCAGUGCCUUAAGCAGCAUCACGGUUCAUCGGAACAGAUUCAGCAUCCUCUGCGGAGAAAUACAUCAGUCAUGGCUAAAACUGUAACCGCAUACAAAGAGAAGAUGAAGGAGUUGUCCGUCCUCUCCCUCAUCUGUUCCUGCUUCUACCCAGAGACUCGCAACAAGCUCAUUUGUGAGUUUGAAGACAUGGAGGUUAAACCUAUAGACAAACGGGCCUCAGGGCAAGCCUUUGAGGUAAUUCUCAAGCCCCAGUCUCCGGUGUCAGACAUUGCCCACAACCUUCCCUCUCCUCCAAAGAGGGAUCUCUCCCUGGAGGAGAUUGAGAAGAAACUGGAGGCAGCUGAAGAGCGAAGAAAGUACCAAGAGUCUCAGGUGCUGAAGGCUUUGGCAGAAAAGCGGGAGCAUGAAAGGGACGUGUUGCUAAAGGCCAUGGAGGAGAACAGCAACUUUAGCAAGAUGGCCGAGGAAAAGCUCCAGAUGAAGAUGGAGCAGAUUAAGGAGAAUCGCGAGGCCCAGCUGGCAGCCAUGAUGGAGCGCCUACAGGAGAAGGAGAAGCAUGCCGCGGCUGUGCGCAGGAACAAAGAGCUGCUGAGGGAAGAGCAGCUAGCAUGAGCUUCACACAAUUCCUGUGGUCCGUCUGUCGAACCAUCCAUCCAUCCAUCCAUCCAUCCCUGCCCUCAACCUCUCCAAAACAGACACUCUGCCGUGAAGGCUGAGAGGCUCAAGAAACUCACCACCACAGCACUGCACACCUUGUCACAACUAUCCACAACCCUUAUUAUCAGUGAUACAGACAUCUAUGAAUCUCCUUUUACAACUGAAUAGAUUUGUUGAUUUAGCGAAAGUGCAACCAUAUGACUUUUAUUUUGUAAAUACUCUAUCUAUCUAUCUAUCUAUCUAUCUAUCUAUCUAUCUAUCUAUCUAUCUAUCUAUCUAUCUAUCUAUCUAUCUAUCUAUCUAUCUAUCUAUCUAGAUACUAGAUAGAAAUUAGAUAUAUAGCGGGUUAGCUAUCUGUUUAGCUAGCUAGCCAGAUAGCGCUCUCUCUCUCUCUCUCUCUGUGUGUCUAGCUGUCUUGCUAGCUAGCUAGAUAAAUAGACCGAAAGCUAGUUAGCUAAAUUUCUUGAUAGCCAACAUGUUAUCAAGCUAGCUAGUUAGAUAAAUAGAUAGAAAGCUACUUAUCAAUCUUUCUUGAUAGCCAACAUUUUAUUUAUUUAUCUAGCUAGCUAGCU